CUACCGUUUGGCGGGUUUAUGUCAUUAUAGAAAUGUGAGCGUUUAGCUUAUCGUUGAAGAGAGAAAAGUAAAUUUUAGCCCAUACAGGGCCUAGUUGCCGAGUUCAGAGGAGAAUAGAAAAAAAGAAAAAUGGUAAACUUCACCAUAGAACAAUUACGAGGGGCCAUGGACCGCCCCAAAAAUGUCCGCAACAUGGCAGUCAUUGCCCAUGUUGACCAUGGCAAGACCACUCUCACUGAUUCCCUCCUUGCCCGAGCGGGCUUUAUUGCAGCCCACCAGGCAGGGGACAAGUGUGCCAUGGACACCAGAAAAGAUGAACAGGAGAAGGGAAUUACAAUCAAAUCGACUGCUGUAUCUUUACUGUACGAAGUCAAUCCAAAGAUCCUCCCCGCUAGUCACCAGAAGGAGGAGUCUCACGAAUACAUCGUCAAUUUGAUUGAUUCUCCUGGUCACGUAGAUUUCUCCUCUGAAGUGACGGCGGCGUUGAGAGUAGCUGACGGAGCACUGGUCGUAGUAGACAGUGUAAGUGGUGUCUGUGUGCAGACGGAGACAGUGUUGAGGCAAGCUUUAGGCGAGCGGAUAAAGCCAGUUUUAAUGAUCAACAAGAUAGACAGGUGUGUUUUUGAAACACAGUUGCAACCAGAGGAACUUUAUCAAAGUUUAAGGGGUGUUGUCGAGAGAUUCAACGUAUUGGUAGCCACAUACUCGGAUGACGCUAUGGGAGACAUCAUGGCAGAUCCUACGCUUUGUAAUGUUGCCUUUGGAUCUGGUUUGCACCGUUGGGGUUUCACCCUCCGACGGUUUGCAAAAAUGUACGCUGAUAAAUUUGGUGUCAGCGAAGACAAGAUGUUGGCGAAGUUAUGGGGAAAUAAUUUCUAUAACACAGAGACGAAAAAAUGGCACAAAACACAAGAGGAAAAUUGUGUCCGCGGUUUUAACAAGUUUGUUGUGGAACCUUUAUACAAGGUUCUUCAUUCGACAAAAGCUCAAGAUAAAGCCGAGUUGUUGUCACUGGUAGACAAAAUAGGUGUUCAAUUGUCGGCAGAGGAAAAAGAAACAGAAGGCAAGACACUAAUGAGAACCGUCAUGAAGAAAUGGCUACCUGUUGAUGAUGCUUUGUUGGAAAUGUUCGUAGUUCAUUUGCCUUCUCCAAUAACUGCCCAAAAGUACCGAACAGAAUUGUUAUAUGAAGGCCCACAAGACGACGAAGUAGCAGUUGCAAUGAAAACAUGUGAUCCAGAAGGACCUUUGAUGUUGUAUAUUUCAAAGAUGGUACCAGCAUUGAAUAAAGGACGCUUUUAUGCUUUUGGUAGAGUUUUCUCUGGAACAGUUAGUACAGGUCAGAUGGUACGAAUCAUGGGCCCAGACUACACACCUGGCACAACACGGGAUCUGUAUGUCAAGAAGAUACCAAGCACUGUGAUUAUGAUGGGUUCCGGAGUAUCUGGUGGUAUUCAUGACGUACCUUGUGGUAAUGUUGUCGGUCUGUCUGGCAUUGAUAAAUUCCUUCUUCGAUCAGGAACCAUCUCUACAUAUGAGCAUGCACACAAUAUGAAGGUAAUGAAGUUUUCAGUAAGUCCAGUCGUAAGAGUAGCAGUAGAGGUUAAAAAUGCAUCAGAUUUACCCAAACUUGUAGAAGGCAUGAAGCGUCUAGCCAAGUCUGACCCAUUGGUACAAUGUGGUCUGGAGGGUGGACAGCACAUUGUCUCUGGAGCUGGAGAAUUACACUUGGAAAUAUGUCUGAAAGAUCUUGAAACUGAACAUGCCUGUGUUCCACUGAAGGUAUCUCAACCCGUAGUCACUUACAGAGAGACAGUAAGCACAACAUCUGAACAGAUAUGUCUGGCAAAGACAGCAAACAAACUCAACAGAAUAUACAUGACAGCAUCACCCCUACCUGAUGGUCUCGUUGUUGAUAUUGAAAAUGGCAAAGUAACAGCUACACAGGAUGUUAAAGAAAGAACAAGGUAUCUGGUCGACAAAUAUGACUUUGAUCCAAUGCAGGCCAAGAAAAUCUGGUGUUUUGGACCAUCCAAUUCUGGUCCUAAUAUGCUGUUAGACUGCACAAAAGGAGUCCAGAAUCUUCAUGACAUCAAGGACGUUAUAGUAGCAGGCUUCCAAUGGGCGUCUGAGGAGGGAAUUUUGUGUGAAGAGAGUCUACGUGGUGUCCGUUUCGAUAUACAUGACAUGAAGAUCCAUGGUGACCCAAGUCAUAGGGGUGGUGGUCAGUUUAUGCCAGCAGUAAGGAGAGCAAUGAUUGCAUCAAUGCUAACAGCUAAACCAAGAAUAAUGGAACCUGUGUACCUCGUUGAAAUCCAGGUUCCCUCAACAGAAAUGGGAGGAGUCUACAAUGUACUUUCGAAGAGACGAGGACAUGUUAUUGAUGCUGUUCAACAGGAAGGCGUUCCCUUACAUCAAAUCAAAGCUUAUCUACCAGUUAACGAAUCAUUUGGUUUCACAGAAGAUCUUCGAGGCCAGACAGGAGGACAAGCUUUCCCACAGUGUGUGUUUGAUCAUUGGCAAUAUUUACCUGGAGAACCGCUAGAUUCCCAAACAGAAUCAAGAGCAACAACUGUAGUGGGUGAAGUUAGGAAGAGGAAAGGAAUGAAUCCAGUUAUACCAGCUUUAGCAAACUUUUUAGAUAAAAUUUGAAAUGCCGUGAAAUGGCUCUAUUUUAUGUUAAUUUCAUAAGACAUCAUUGACAAACAUAAUUCAGACAAUUUAAAGAAGAUAAAACAAAUACGAAAGAAAGAAUAAUAAAAUAUUUUAUGAUAAGA